AUGUCCAACCCUAUUCCAGGAUCAUCGGUGCUUGCGGUGGCGAUGGACGCCCCGUGCACCGUGGAGCCCCCAACACGUGUGUGUGAGAUGAUGAGCCGCGGUGUGUCCGGUGAUGCAGAUGAGACCAGCACCGUGGACUCCAGCGGCAGUGAUGUCGAGAAGGAGGAGAUCGACGUUCAGUCUUGGAGCAUCGUGGGUCGGAAGAUCUUUGAGCGCCUCGCCGACUACGACAGCGAUGAUGACUUCGAUGUCAUGCAGAAUGCGCCGAUCAACACUCAAGCUUGGAGUGCGGUCGGGGCCAAGAUCUUCAGCACCCUCGCUGAUUUCAAUGAAGAUGAAGAUUGA